GUGCUCAUUGCAGGAGGCACAGAUUGGCCCAACCUCGGACGGAAAAGCGGCAAACUGCAGGCACAGACGCAAGUAUUUCCACACCUUUGCUCCCACAGUGAUUUGCCUGCCCCGCACAUCCUCCGCGCCAUCUCCAAUCAGCGCAUCGUAAAGAUCGUCGCCGGACAUAGCGCUUGUCAUGCUUUGUUCAUCACCGCCAGCGGGGAUGUCUAUUCAUACGGAAGGAAUGAAAAGGGUCAAUGCGGUGAGGAGAAGAAGAUCGAGCGAGCCGACGCUCUUCCUCCCUCGGCACAUCCAGGUGUCCCUGCCUCCCAGACUGCCUUAGAUGAGCCGCUGCGUCUCAAUCGCAAGACUCAUUUCUCGCCAUCAUUGGAUGCUUCUGCGCGGAGCGACAUCGUACAUGCGACAUGUAGUCGCUCACAUACCCUCUUGGUCACACGAGGAGGCUCCGUCUAUGGCGCAGGCUCCAAUCUCAACUCUCAGCUGGCCCUUUCUAGGGGCGGUGAUGUCGUAGCCACCUUCACCCGGAUCGAGUCCGGCCCUUGGUCAAAGGCAAAUGACCCCGUCGUACAAGUGGCUGCAGGUCUGACCUUCUCUCUCUUCCUGACCGCCAGCGGCAGGGUGUACGCAAGCGGGUCGAUGGAACGCGGUCAACUAGGCAACGGGCGGACCGGGGAGCACUUUGUCUCGGGCAACAGGCUUGCCUUUGCCGAAGAAUCUACACCCAUCCUCGUCAAGGGUCUUGCCGAGCACAAAAUCGUGGAAAUCUCCUGCGGCCAGCAACACUCCAUUGCGCUGGAUGACCAGGGCUUCUGCUACGUGUGGGGCUUCGGAGGCUACGGUCGGCUUGGGCUGGGCAAUGCCAAUGAUCAGAUGACACCUGCACUCGUGCCGCAAUUUGCCAGAGAGAACCAAGCUAGCAGGGCGGCCACUGUCGUCGCAGGCCCCACGAGCUCUGCCGUGGUGGACAGGUCGCAGACCUACUACUUGGCAGGCAAGUGGAAAGUUAGCGGAGAUGGUGGCAGCGGGCAAGGCUGGACCUCUUUCCGAUACAUGCAGUCCCUGAUGGGGGUCAAGGUGCGGAAAGCCGCCAUGGGUGGCAUGACAUUAUUCGCGAUUGGAGACGAACUGGAAGCUGGGGCACCCAAGUACGCCACGAUGAACAUCGUCUGGGGUCAGAAUGCUGCCAAUGGUGAAUUGGGACUUGGCGAGGGUAAGCCCAAGAGCGCUACCCAACCUCAGCGCUGCGAUCCACUGGACAAGAUUGGUCUGUUGGACAUUGCCGGAGGGCAGAACACGACCUUCUUCCUUGCACGGCCCGAGGGCGACGCCUUUUCCUCGCUGCCAAGGUACCCGGAAGCGGUGGAGGCGAGCGAGGUGUGUCUGAUCUGCUCAAAGGAGAUGCCAGAGGAUGUGGUUACGCUGGAGUGCGAAAAGUGCGAGAAUGCCUACCACUUGCGCUGUUUGACACCCAAGCUGGACGAGGUGCCAGAUGGCGAGUGGUUCUGCCCCGAAUGCGAAGAGGGUCAGGAUGGUAAGACGGAAGGCAUAGAUGUGGAAGAGGCAGAGGCAAAAGGCGCGACAAAGGGGUCUACGGGAAGGGGCAGAGGAAGAGGGAGGGGUGGAGCAACAUCGACUGCAGCUACUGGGCGUGGGGGCAAGAGGAAAGCAGAUGGGGAUGGGACAGGUGCGCCAGCUGCUGCGAAGAAGGGCAAGGCGAGUACGAGGGGUCGAAGCUGA